GAUGGCUCAUCCCCUGCGCGCUCGGGGUCGUGCCGGGCGACUUCGUUAUGAUCCGCUACGCGGUCGGCGGCCGGCGCGUGUGGCACGAGAGGCUCGUGCUGGCGCUGGCCUCUUCGGCCCCGUGGGGCGUCGGGAUCCUCACUCCCGAUGGCGACGCCUCUUCGGAGGUGCUGAUCGGAGCCGCCGACGUCGCGGCGGUCGUGGUGUGCGCCGGCGGGGCGGCUGGAGGCGCUGCAGUAGGCAUCGGAUGCGACGGGGAUUAUCGCUUCCACGCGGUGCCACUCGCGGCGGCCAUCGCCAUAGCCCAGCAGGCGGUGGAGGCGGAGCUCGGACUGCCAGCCGGCGCGGCGGUGGUGCCGAACGUCGGUGGGCGCGUGAUCCCGGCGGGCGUGGCCGCGGUUGCUGUGGGGGCCGCCCCGGCGGCUGGCGGCGGCGCGGCGGCUGGGGUUGGUGGUUUGGCGGCGGCUCUCGAUGGUCAUGGAGCUGGCGGAGGCGCGCUGCGGGCGCCAGCAGCCGGUGGAGGCGUGGCAGCGGGGGUCGGCGGCCUGGCGGCGGCGGAGUCGGCGGUGGCCGCGCGGCGGCCCCUGGAGCCAUUGGUGGGGGCCGCAGCCGGCGGCGCGCUCGUGGCCGCGCCCGCAGAUCAUGGCGGUGACCUGCGGUUGCUCGUGGAGGCCCCGUUCAUCGACUGGCCGAUCGGCGGCCCGAGGGCGCUGUUGUGGGUGGCGUUCUUCAUCCAUCGCGUGGCCGGGUCUCCGAUGGCUAGGCAUUUGAACUGGCGCACCGACGGCCAGCUUCGCGAUGACGAGCCAGGGGUCGGGAGCCACGAGUUCAUGAGCAGGUUGCUGGAGGUCGGCUUGUGCUACGACCAGCUGCACAGCUCCAAUCUGGCGACGAUGGAGCUCGUAGCGCAGGCCAUCCAGACGAAGAACGAAAGGUAUCGGCACCGUUUCGAAUGCCAGACGGACUUCGGCGCGAGCGAGAAUCUGAUGACGGGCCUCUCGCACGGUCGCGGCCACGUGUGCGUGGCGCCGCUUCUUCGGGAUUUCGCAUCGCAGCAGCUGCAGAAGGAUGCGGCCAUAGCGAAGGAGCGGCGCAAGGCCGUUCGUACAGAUGAUCACACCGGCUCGGCGGACUUGCACCGCCGUGGAGGCGAGCGCCAGCGCGACAUCUCCCCGUGGCCGCUGGCGGGGUCAGUACCUCCUCGAUAUGAUACUGGCGGGCGCCGCUCGCAGAGACGUCAGGCUGUUCAUACUCAUCAUCGAGCUCUGCUAAACGAGGCCAUUGCAUCCCUGAAUUUACUCUACGGUUGUCGCAACGAGGUUGGCCUUCCCGUCAACGAGUGCCAGCGUGCUGCCAUUGAUCACAUGAAUGCCGCUCUUCAUCGGCUGGGACGUCUUCCAGAGAAGUAUGGGGAGACGCGCGCUGGCCAGGGCGGGGCCCUCGGCGCGCUCCUCCACGGCGUGUCGGUCUACGGCGACCACGCGCCCAACCCGUCAGCGCCCUGCAACCGAGAGCAGAUCUCGUGGCCUGCUCUAGCUGGGCGCCCGGUGGACGUUGUCUCCCUCGUGGGCAGCUUGGAGGGGGGGCGUUUAAGGCACUGGCGGAGCCAUAUGCUUAGACCUCAGGAGGAAGCCGCUGAGCUGAUGUCGGCCGCUUGCCCCCGUGGUGCUUACUGCGAUCGGAAGCUCCCUGGCGACCCGCGCGUUUACGCUGGGUUCCUGGGCGAGCUCCACGCCCGUGGGAUGGUUUCGUCCUCGGAGGCGGUGGGCGCCAAGAGUUAUGUGGGCUUGUCUUUCGCCCCGAAGAAGAAUGGGGGCGCCUACAUCGCCACCGCCGACUUGGAGUGCGCGUUCUACCACAUGCGACCCCCGACAGGCACGGAGGACUACUUCACGCUGCCUGCCAUCGAUGCGACAAUCUUGAUGGAGGCAGGCCUCGCGGAGUUGCCGUUCGCAGUUAUCCAGCUAGUCACCGCCACGGUGGCGGCGUUGCCGAUGGGCUUCUCGCGGGCCCUGCACACGCGCCAGGAAGCGUCGGCCACCUGCUUGUUGCGCAGCGGGGCGGGCCCACCCAACGUCAUCGUGGACGGCCAGGUCGGCAUCCAGCUGGACAGUGCGGCCAACCGCCUGCUCUACAAGCUGGUCAGUCAUCUCAGGCUCGCGGGGCUGGUAGUUCACGAGAUCUGCGAGGCGUCCGCCAAUGUCGAGUUUCUCGGGCUGCAGCAGCACGAGGGGGCUUCGCUGACCAUCAAGGCCCGAAGCGUCUGGAGGCAGAGGGCGGCGAUCAGCAGCCUGCUGCGGAAGCGCUGGACAUCAGGCCAUGCUCUGCGGGCUGUUUUGGGCCACAUCACGUGGGCCACCAUGAUCCGCAGGGAGGCGCUCACCACCCUGCAUGCGUGCUACGCCUUCGUGGAGACCUUCGGCGGCCGCCCUGGGCGGCUGUGGACUUCGGCGAUGCGCGAGCUCGGUCUGGCCCGCAACUUGUCGCCUGUGCUCCAGGCGGACAUCACCGCUGGAUGGCGCGGCGCUGCCGCGCGCAGCGAUGCAGCGCCCUGCGGGCUCGGCGUCAUGCGGCGGCGGCUGGCACCGGGCGACGCGGCAGAGUGCGGCAGCUUCUCAGAGCGCUGGCGUUUCAGGGCGGCAGGUGCCGCCUCCGCUCGCGAGAGGUCGCUUGCGGUCCUUCAAGCUCCUGGGGUCCCCUUGGGCCCCGCUGGAGUUGUUUCGGACGGCGUCUGGGGCGACUACGCGCUCCCGCAUGUGGGCCCCUGCAUGCGCUUCGAGGUCUCAGAGUCGACAGGCAACCCCGCGGAUGUCUUGGAGUCUGAGGGCGUCCUGGGCGACUCCAGGGCGAGCUUCAACGAGGCAGUGGCGGAGCGGCCGCUAAUGGGAGGCCUCGCCCUGCUCGAGACGCUGGCCGUGCGCUCGAACACCGAGCGGCGGAGGGCGCCAGGGAAGACGCGGCUGCCAUUGCCGCGCGCUGCCACUUACGCGAUAGCAGGCUGGCGGAUCAGCAACGGGCACCUUGGCAUGGCCGCGUGGAUCGCGAUAGCCUUCGCGGCCUACUUGAGGCCCGCGGAGGCCCAGAGCCUCGCCGGGAAGAGCCUGGUGCCGCCGACGCCUGCUGCCGGCACGAGCUACUCGAGCUGGGGGCUGCUCCUCCACCCCGCGGAGAGGGGCGUCGCCGGCAACGCGGGCCAGCACGACGACGGUCGCCCGACGGCUGCCGAGGUGCAGCGCCGCGGGCGCUGGGCCGCGCCGUCGUCGAUGAGGCGCUACGGCAGGGAGAGCGCCCUGCUGGGCGGGAUCGCGCGGGCGACCUCGGAGGCGUUCGCCUUCGGGGCGCUGGUCGAAGCCCAUUUCGCGCAGCUCCUGGAGCUCGGUGUCGAGCGAGCGGCAGUCCUGCACCUGGUGCCCGCAACGGUGAUGCGCGUGCUGGUGCCGACGCCGGGGCAGCUGCGCGGGCGGCACCUGCGGCGGCGGCUGAAGGCUGCGCUCGCCGGUCAGCGCGCGCGGCGCGCGGUGCUCGAGCUGUUCGCCGGCUCGGCGCGGCUGACCGAAGCAAUCAAGCGGCGCGGCCCCCCCAGGCCGGCGCUCGACCUUCGCCGCGGAGCGGCAGAGGGCCACCUCUUGAGCGCGUUCGGCUCGACGCUCAGAGGCCGGUUGGCCGCCCGCGCGGCGGGCGCGGCGUGGCUCGGAACAUCGCGCACGAUAUGGAGCCAGGCGCUGCGAGGUCUUUCCACCGGCUCCGACAUGGGCGGCUGGUCGCGUUCAGGCUUCAAGUGCUUCUCCAGAGCGCAGGCCACCGGCGCCUGGGCACGCCUGCCCCACCUGGCCUCGUUCAUCCGUUUCUGGCAGGCCUUCCCGCCCAUGCGGGAGGUCCGCCCGCCGCGGGGGGCGACGGGGCUGCUGGCGCUCCUGGUGCGGCUCCUGUCGGAGCGGGCGUCGCUGCUGCCCCUGGCGGGGCUGCGGGCGCUCCUGGGGCGGCCGCUUGCGGGGCUGGCGGGGCCCCGGGUCCGGGCGGGUGGCAUGGGGGCGGGGGCGCUGCGCCUGCUGGCGCGGCUCCUCUUCCGGCGCCCGCCGCCGCAGGAAUGCCUCUGCCGCCUGCUGGUGGUCAUGACGCUCGCACUAGCCCUGUCAUGUAUGACGCCACUGGCCGGUGGCGCGCGGAUUGCCGCCUGCAGCCUGGAGAUCCAG